GCUGCAUCCAGCCACAAAAAAAACCCCCCCACGCGAGAGAGAAAAAGGAAAGAAAACGUCAGCCAUGGCGGGACUGAUGACGACCAAGCGGGGUCUUUUGCUCUCGCUGCUCGUCCUCGGUCUGGCCAUCUUUUACCGGCAGCGAUGGCAGACGGCAGACUUUACGGCAUCUUUCGGAGUAGCAGAGACGAAGACGUACUGCUACAGCAGGGGCGUCAGAACGGGGCUCGAACACCCGGCGAGGGCCGACUGCUUCUCCGUCAGCGACGGACGCGUCACGGAGCUGCACGCCGAGGCCUCCGAGGUUCCCGGCGUCGAGGUGCGGUCAGGACAUGCGAUGCCGGGCCUGUGGGAUGGCCACGGGCACCUGCUGCAGUACGGCGAGUUCCUGCACUCGGUCGACCUCUUUGGGGCCUCGUCCUUUGACGAGGUCAACCGCAGGAUCGUGACAUACCUCGAGGCCCAUCCCGGCGUCGGCUCACGGGACUUGUGGAUCAGGGGAGUCGGGUGGGAUCAGAUGGCUCUGGGGGGCAUGCCUAGUGCUGACAUGCUAGCCCGGGAAGAGCGGCUCAGGGGCCUCUACAUUAUGGUAGACCGGGUCGACGUCCACUGCACCUGGGUGUCCCAGUCAGUGCUCGACCUAAUGCCCGCCGACCUCCCGCACGAGGUACCCGGCGGCGAGAUCAUCCGUGACCCCGGCAUGGGCGUCUUUUGCGACAACGCCAUGGACAUCGUCACGGCGCUGUGGCCACACCCUGACCGCCGUACCAAGCAGGAGUUUGUGCGGACGGCCAUGAAGGCUCUUCACAAGGUAGGGCUGGUGGGCAUGCACGACGCAGGGGUGACGCCGACGGACCUGGCCAUGAUGCAGGCCAUGGCUGCAGCGGGCGAGGAGGGCAGCGGCUUCACACUGCGGGUAUACGCGAUGCUCGAGUGCGAGGAGCGCAAUACGGUCUGCCUAGCCAAGGCGGCUGCCGUCAGGCAGGAGGAUAACGACAUGCUUACCAUCCGCAGCAUCAAGCUGUUUGGCGACGGGGCGCUGGGAAGCUGGGGCUCAGCCAUGCUGGAGCCCUACAGCGACCGGCUUGACGACGGGGCGUCUGGGUCGCUGCUCGUCAACGCCUCGACACUGAUGCGGGUCGCACGCGAGUGGGCGGCCGGAGGCUGGCAGGUCAACAUUCACGCGAUAGGGGACCUGGCGAACCGGGUGGCUAUCGACGCCAUGGAGGCCGUGCUGCGCGACGGUCUGGGCGACGCCGCCGACAGUGACGCCCUCCGCAGGCUGCAGGAGGAGCGGUACCGCAUGCGGAUCGAGCACGCGCAGAUUGUGCACCCGGACGAUCAGAAGCGCAUGUUUGCGCUGGGCAUCAUACCGUCCAUCCAGCCGACCCACGCAACGUCGGACAUGAGCUACGCAGAGCUGCGGCUCGGCGCCGAGAGGACGCGCACCGAAGCUUACCGGAUGAAGACGUUUCUGCCCCUGAACCCCGUCCUGGGGAGCGACUUCCCCGUCGAGCCGCCGAAUCCGUUCCACGGCAUCUACGCCGCCGUCGCGCGCAAGAACCCGCGGACCGGCAAAGGUGCCGACGGGAUCACCGACCGCGGGUGGCACUUGGAGGAGGCCCUCACCAUCGACCAGGCGUUGGCUGGGUUCACCAGGGGUCCCGCCUACGGCGCUUUCUUGGAGGGCAAGGCGGGCGUCAUUCAGAAGGGCUCUUUUGCUGAUUGGGUCGUGAUCGAUCAGCCCCUGGAAUCACUGGACCCAGUCAUUAGUCUUGAGGACAGGCUGCGCGAUUUCGCCGUCGAAGAGACGUGGGUAGCGGGUAGGAUGGUAUACUCGAAGCAGGAAGCAUCAAAAUGA